AUGUAUCUCAAAAACUUGCUCCUUCUUGCAUCUGCUGCUAUCGGCGCUAUUGCCCAGUACGACGACGGUUUCUACAACGAGGUCCAGUACGACAACUUUGAAGACGACUUCGCUACGUCGCCAAAGGUAGGUUCUCUCGGCCUCGCCAACAAUGGCAUUCGUGGUCUCACAUCACGCAGGCAAUCAUCUAUCGCCAGCGACAUUGUCAGGGACCACCACUGGUGGCCAUCAACGACGAUCGCUGCAGAAAUCUUUCACCACACAUGUAAGCCUUCGGAAACCUUUGCAAAAAAAAACAUGCCCUUUAACACAGGUUUAUAG